CCCCUUAACUGGCGCAAAUCACUUUUGAUUAGGAGGGUGAAAGUGCGAUUUACACCUUCAAAUUAAUUUAUUAGAAGCUUAAUCUUGGGACACUUUAGGGUUUUUGACAUUGUUAUAGCAGUUUAUAUUUAUUUAAUAAAUAUAAAUAAUGCAAUAACAUAUUAAUUUUAGAAAUAAAAUUAUAAAAAUAUAAAUGUUUCACAAACAUAAUAAUGUAAACAUGAAGCCAUAUGUCUCAAGUAGUUGUGAUCCAAAUUUCAAGUUAAAAUAAUGAAGUUUGUGUCAAACUUUUAGGGGUUUUACCAACAAUGGCCACUAGGUGUCAACAGUUUGCUGCAUACUUUUGUCACAAUUUCAUAAAUUAGUGUCACUGCAUUAUUAUUAAUGCAAAAAGGGUUUGAAAUAUGAAAACUACAUUCUUAGAGCUUUCAAAUGACACAUAGUUUGUCAGCAUUUUUGAAGAUUUAUAAUAGUAUAUAGUGUUAUGAAUAAAUAAAACUCAAUAUGCAUUCCUAUGGAUGGAGGUCAUGUAACAAAAACUGUCACUACAUUAUUUUUUAUCAUCAGAUGACCUUGAAAAAUGAAAACUACAUUGCGAGAGCUUUCCAGUGAUCUAUAGUUUGUUGUGAUUCUUUAGGUUUAGAGUAGGGUUUUGGUUUUACAAAUAUGUAAAAACAAAAUUAGCUGACCUGUGGGCCCAUGACCUUUUAGAAACUGACUCUCACUAUGUCAUAAUUUUCCCCAAAUGGUGAUAAAAUAUGAAACUACACUCUUUUUUUAACGAUAUAUGUUUGUCAAGACUGUUUAAGUUUAGAACAGGGUAGUGCUAUACAAAUGGAAAAACAAAUUGGGCCCACCUGUUGACUUGUGGCAUUUUAGAAAAUGUCUCUCACUAUGUCAUUCCUUUACCAAAAUGGUGAUGAUAAAUGAAAACUACACUCUUAGAGCUUUGAAACAAUAAGUUGCAUUCACAUGCAAGACACUGAAGUAAAUGUAGGCAUACCAGUGGCAGGAUAGUGACAUUUUGCAGCAUCUAAAUGUUUUGAAGCACACUCUUUUCAUAAUUGAAUCAAUUACUUUCCCUACAUAAUUUAUUUUAUAAAACACUGUUGAAAUAUGUGUUCUAGAGGCUAAGACCUUUCCAGUGAUGCAUAGUUUGUUGUAAUAGAUAAAAAUUUACUUGCAAAAGUAAACUCAGGUGUCCCACUUAAGGGACAGUGCCAGGUAAGGGGUUUUAAUAUAUUUCAAAUGUUUAGCUCUGAAAAAAAAUGAUAGUGAUGUAGUACUAUGCAAUAAGUAACAAUAAAGUAAAUAACAAAAUACACAAUAUGUUCUGAUGAUUUUAUAAAGGUUUAGUGGCCAGUGUUAUGAUAGGGCUUUUUUCAAAUUAAAUUUGUAUUACCCCUUGUUGUUGGCUUGUGGUCGUUACACUUAUAACACUCAUAAGCCUGAAAGUUUCAGGCUCUUUGUAGCCGUUGUGACAGACCUUAACAGCACAAAUACUCCUAGCGCCUCCCCUCUUCGCCAUCAUCAGUAAUGCUGUCUAGCUUAAAACAAAUACUAAAUACAGAGCAUCCUAUAGUAACUUGUUGUAAUGGUACCUUCCAUGAAUAAGUAAGAAAAAGACUGAGGUCUUCUCUGUGCUGUAUGUGUCUGUAGUUUUUAAAGGGGUUGAGGUUGAGACAGUUGCUUUGUUGGUAGCACUGUUGCCUCACAGCAAAAUGUCCCUGUUACCCCUGAACCAGAAUGUCUUCCUGUGUAGAGUUUGCAAGUUCUUCCUGUGUCAGAAAGUUUCUAGUUUCCUCCCAUAGUCCACAUGCAGAAUUGAGGCAGCUGUUUUGCCCUUUCCACCAACUUAUGUGUAGAUUAACUGGUUCUCAUCAUGAAGCCAUAGAUGCUUGAAUGGCACAAAAAUGUACACAGCAAUACUUUUAAUCCUGUAAUGCAUUACAUCAUCAUUUCAGACUUACAUGUAGAAUGAACAUUUUCCACCAAAACAUGUUUACAUCAUAAAUAAUACCAUUUCUAUUUAGAAUACCAAAUGUGAACAAACAGUUGAACAUGAACACACCCUUUAGUGUAUAUGCUUCUUUUGCAAUGUAACAAACUAUAGCUGUUUAUAUGUAUAUUUGCUCUCUAUCGUUGCUAUUGCCCUCAAGCCUCCUAACCAUGAAUGAUUAUCAAAACACUUUCUGACCUCAAUCUGUGUGUAACUCCAUUCCUGAAAAUUGCUGCACCUCACUGUAAUCUCUUCUCUGCAGUUAAUCUGGGCAGGUGGGGGCAUAUAAAAUAGACCAACCUGGAUCGCGUCUUUUCAUGGACUUCUUUUGCUUUCUUGAACGGAGGUGUGAAAACUUAUAAAUGGUCUGUUAGCAGAUUUCUGUUUUAAUUUUGACUGACUGGUGAAUCAAUCAUGAAUGGGACAGAAGGUCCAAACUUUUAUGUGCCAAUGUCCAACAAGACCGGUUUAGUCCGCAGUCCGUUCGAGGAGCCACAGUACUACCUAGCAGAGCCGUGGAAGUACUCUCUCUUGGCUGCAUACAUGCUCUUUCUUAGUAUCACUUCAUUUCCUGUUAACUUCCUGACACUUUAUGUCACUGUUCAGCACAAAAAACUCCGCACACCUCUUAACUACAUACUGCUCAAUCUCGCUGUGGCCGAUUUGUUUAUGGUGGUGGGAGGUUUUACUGUGACCCUCUACACUGCCUUGCAUGGAUAUUUUGUCCUGGGAGUGACAGGAUGUAACAUUGAGGGCUUCUUCGCCACCCUGGGUGGUGAGAUAGCGCUGUGGUCUCUAGUAGUUCUGGCUAUUGAGAGAUAUAUUGUGGUGUGUAAGCCAAUGACAACGUUCCGAUUUAUGGAGAAACAUGCCAUCAUGGGUGUAGGCUUCACCUGGGUCAUGGCUCUCACCUGUGCUGUGCCGCCUCUGUUGGGGUGGUCCAGGUAUAUCCCAGAAGGUAUGCAAUGUUCUUGUGGAAUAGAUUACUACACACCAAAACCUGAGUUCAACAACACUUCAUUUGUCAUCUAUAUGUUCAUCCUUCAUUUCUCCAUUCCACUUUUUAUCAUCUUCUUCUGCUACAGUCGUCUUAUCUGCACCGUUCGUGCGGCUGCGGCUCAACAGCAAGAAUCGGAGACGACCCAAAGGGCAGAGCGGGAAGUGACCCGCAUGGUGGUUGUCAUGGUGAUUGCAUUCUUAGUCUGUUGGGUACCAUAUGCCAGUGUGGCCUGGUAUAUAUUCGCUAAUCAAGGUGCAGAAUUUGGCCCCGUCUUUAUGACAAUUCCAGCGUUCUUCGCUAAGAGUGCCGCACUCUACAACCCUGUCAUCUACAUUAUACUCAACAGACAGUUUAGGAACUGCAUGCUUACCACAGUCUGCUGUGGUAGGAACCCUUUCGGUGAAGAGGAGACCAGCGCAGCUGUCUCCAGUAAGACUCAAUCAUCAGUGGUCUCAUCCAGUCAAGUGGCUCCUGCCUGACCAACAGAAACCCCAACUUCGCAGUCCAACUGUGACAAACCACCCAGAGAUUUGUGCAUAAAAUGUCUCUCUAAAUACACCUGGCUACAAUUUA